GCUAAGCCUAUCUGAGAGGAUUCCAAGUCAUAUCGGCACGUAAUAACAUUCUACAGUACCGGCACAAAGUGUGACAAGCAACUCUGCACUCGAGAUGGAGAGAAGGGAGAGCAGCCAGUUAUUCUGAGAUAUUGUGGUUAAUGGUGAUCCAAUAACCUUACUUCCUGCCCCAUGGGAAUUUCUGCGCAAAUAUUGAUAUGCUCUGAAGGCUUUUUAAUAUGAACCCCUUGCUGCUGGACAUCUGGUUUCUUCUUCCUACAACUUUGCUCUUCUUAACACCUGAAGCUGCUAAUUCAUGGUGGUAUAUGGGAGCUGUUGUUACCUCCUCAUCAUCUUCGCGAGUAAUGUGCAAUAAUAUACCUGGUCUGGUAACUCGCCAGCGGCAGCUUUGUCAGCGCUAUCCAGAAAUCAUGCAGGUUAUAGGACUGGGGGUAAUUGAGUGGGCUACAGAAUGUCAACAUCAAUUUCGGCAUCAUCGCUGGAACUGCAACAUCAUGGAGAGGGAUCAAAGCCUGUUUGGAAAGCUGAUAUUACGAAGCAGUAGAGAGUCAGCCUUUGUCCACGCAAUAUCUUCGGCUGGAAUAGUAUACGCUAUUACUAGAGCAUGCAGCCAGGGAGAGCUGAAGUCGUGCUCCUGUGAUCCUAUGAAGAAAGGGUCUUCCAAAGACAGCAAAGGCAGUUUUGACUGGGGUGGCUGCAGUGAUAAUAUUGAUUAUGGCAUCAGAUUUGCCAGAACAUUUGUGGAUGCCAAGGAAAGAAAGGGUAAAGAUGCCCGAGCACUAAUGAAUCUUCACAAUAACAAAGCUGGAAGAAAGGCUGUAAAGAGGUUCAUGAAGCAAGAGUGCAAGUGCCAUGGGGUGAGUGGAUCUUGUACAGUCAGGACGUGCUGGAUGGCUAUGGGAGAUUUCAGAAAAUCAGGGGACUUCCUUCGUAAAAAAUAUAAUGGAGCCAUACAAGUUGUGAUGAACCAAGAUGGGACUGGAUUUACAGUAGCAAACAAAAGAUUUAAGAAACCUACAAAUAAUGAUCUGGUAUACUUUGAGAACUCCCCUGAUUAUUGUGUCAGAGACAGAGAUGUUGGUUCUCUUGGAACAGCUGGAAGAAUCUGCAAUCAGACCUCGCGUGGCAUGGACAGCUGUGAAGUCAUGUGCUGUGGGAGGGGCUACGACACUGCCCGUGUCACCAAGAUGUCCAAAUGUGAGUGCAAGUUCCACUGGUGCUGCUCGGUAAGAUGCAAAGACUGCAUAGAAACUGUGGAUAUUCACACAUGCAAAGCACCCAAAGGUGUUAUCUGGAAAGAAAAUAACCUGAGUUAACUGCAGAUUUUGU